CUGCAAUGUUCGCUACUUUUUCUUUAAGUGCUUGCGCAUUAGCUCCCGGUAGCAUGUCAAUUUGUUUGCCAUUCUCAAAGAAAAUAAAGGUGGGCCUAUAAUGUUAGUAAUAACCGUAAAAAAGAGCGAGAAACAUACAUAGCACGAACUCCAAGGCUCGAGGCAAUUUGUGUUUGAUCAUCUACAUUAACUUUUGCAAAUACAAAUUGAGGACCUGAGUACUUGCUUGCCAGUUGUGAAAAAACAGGUGAAAUCGCUUUACACGGACCACACCAGUCUGCAUAACAGUCAACAGCAAGAAAUCCCGACUUUGGAAUAGUUGAAAUCCAGUGUUGAUGUGACCUAAUCUCGAUAACAGACAUGUUGGUUGAAAUUUCUGGAGUUGGGUGCGUCUUCACUGUACCUAUAAGUGGUUCAGAGUUUCUACUUUAAACUGUUCUAUAAACAGUUCUUUUUUUGGAAAAAAAAAAAAAAAAGGCAAUAAAUUUAGCAUUAAAAUAGAAAACCAUAAUAUAAAGAGAACGUGAAUUUGCAAAGCAAAGGAAAUCUUGGAGAUUUUAAGAUACCUAGAGGGAAGCUCUUGCUGUAAAUUCUAAAUACUUUUUAUUUGGUCAAUUCUAUAAAGCUAAGUUUUCCAUGGAGAUUGAGUGAAUUUUUACCGUCUAUAGUACUGUUGCAAAACAUUCGAACAUUCUGAAUGAAUACGUUUCUUUUAGCCAGAGAAUGGGGACAGGAAUCAAAUGCGUCCUUCCGACGCCAAUUGCUUCAGCAUCGUUUACAAACAAUGACUUUGGCGCAAAAUAAAACAAUCAAAAGGAGACAUGGUGCUGGCCUCCUUGGCUCUGUAAAUGCACUGUCUAUAGACAAUACAACACAUCAAUUUAUGAUUUCUGGGGGCGCCAAUUCUUCAAUUAACGUUUGGAACUUUGAAUCUCUUGAUCUAAACGAAACAAAGAAUACCGUUAUGGAUACAUAUAACGCCAUUCCAGCACGCUCCAGUCAUAAGUUUGGAAUUACUGAUCUUCAUUGGUUUCCGUUCGAUAAUGGUAUAUUCACUAGUUCCUCUUUCGAUCAUACUCUAAAAGUUUGGGACGCGGCCACCUUACAGGAAGCGUAUUCUUUUAAUAUAGGUGAUAUUGUUUAUUCGCACGCCUGGUCACCUAUCGCGUCGCACUGUUUAAUUGCUGCCGCUUAUCGAUCCAGUUCUAUCCGUUUAUGCGAUAUGCAGAGCGGUAGUUAUACUCACAGUUUAAUAGGUCAUACAGGGAAUGUAUUAUCUGUUUCUUGGUGUCCGAAAAAUGAUUAUGUCUUGGCUUCUGGAUCGGCUGAUGGUACUGUUCGGCUAUGGGACAUCCGAAAAGCUUCUGCUAGCUUUGCUUGUUUAGAUGUGCAUAACAAAACGAAGCCAACAGAACAGGCUGGGAGAUCUCAUUAUGGUACCGUAAAUGGAUUGGCUUGGACUGAUGAUGGUUCUUUCCUUGUUAGCUGUGGAACUGACGAUCGUAUAAGAGUUUGGGACAUGGAAACAGGACUAAAUACCUUGCGUGACUUUGGACCUGUUAUACACAACCAGACAACCUCUUUUGCUGUUCACCCUCAUAUCAUUACUCCCGUAAAGAACGCUAAUACGUACGUUCUGUUCCCAAAUGACGAUGGAUCUUUGGCUUUGAUUAAUCUCUUAGAAGGCUCCUUUGUUCACCGCUUAUCAACGCAUGUUUUGAAACGUAUCAAUUGUGUAGCCCAUCGCCCAGGCAAAGAGCAAUGCUUCACAGGGGAUAUGAGCGGCAAUAUCCUAAUGUGGUGUCCAAAGCCACUUAAUGUCCCCUUGGAGGCCACUGCCGUCGAAAAUCGUCGAAACGUACUUCAAGAAGUUUACGAAUCUUUGACUAAUGUUGAGGUAACUUAUCAGUAAAGAACGUUUGACAUCUGGUGUUCACCGUAUACUAUCUUACUAAAAAAGAUAUUUAUAUGAAACUUUUUAUUGUUUAUAUUAUUUAUUUAUUCACUUGUUCUUUAAAAUAGCAUUAAAAAUUAUUAUAAUGAGUUUAAUAAGAAACUAUUUGAUGAAAGAAAUAUCUCCUAUAUUCGAUUCAUCCGGUCCGG